UUGCUAAACGCGACUCAACAACCAGGCAGCAAAAAUACCUUAUUUUUACGUAGCAGAUGCACAGAGCGCGCAUCUACCCCUAUUAACGCACACGGACGAGGCACGGCCCGGCAUGCGCCAGCAGGAGCAUCCCAGGAGCAAAUCCGGCUCCAGAGGGGCAGAAGGCAGCGGCAUUGAAAUGCCACACGGCCCCCGACUCCCUGUUUUGCGACCUGGCCCGAGGCGUGCAAACCUCUGUGUCAUUGAUGUGCCCCCCUCCCCGCAGCUGUAAAACUCCCCACGGGAGCAUUUGGUGCGGAACCCGGGCCGGGGGAAGGCGCUCGGUGCCGCCCGGGGCAGCUCCAGGGGCCCGCAGCGGCAACGGGAACCGGGGCCGGUCCUGGAUGUAGGAAAUAUGAAUGACUGGCAGAGAAAAAGCCCUCUAGAUUGGGAAACAUAUGUGAACAAAUUGGUGAAAGUUGUUGCAGUUGAGAAACAUGAAUAUGAAGGAUGGGUUUUAACAGUUGACCCAGUUUCUGCCACCAUUGUCCUCGCAACAUUCCCAGAGAACGAGACAGGAUCCAUAUCAUUCGUCAUGGGCCACGCCGUCCGAGAGGUCGAGGUCCUGCAGGAAGGGGACAGCGACACGAAGCAGCGCCUCGCUCGCAUCCUCGCGCCCGAGGAAAGCCAGGCCUACAGCCCGGAGGAGCUGGAGAAGAGGAAGAACGCCUUGAAGACGUGGCUGGAGACAAACCACAUCCCCGUGGGCGAGCAGGGGGAGCUGGGCAGGACGCUGAGCGUGGCGGGGGUGCUGACCAUCGAGCCGCCGUACGGCCCCGAGCAGUGCAGCAGCGCCAACGAGAUCAUCCUGUCCCGCGUGCAGGGCCUGCUGCAGGGCUACCUGCAGCAGCAGCAGCGCUGAGGCUGCUGCUGAAGCCUUUCUCUCUAGGAGCCCUCCUGUUUCAGGAACUCUCCUGGGUGUCAAUGGUCACUGUUUGCAGAAAAAGCUGCGUUUCGGGUACUUUUUGUCUUUUUUUUUUUUUUUUUUUAAUGUAAAGGAAGGAAUAAAACAAGAAGUAUAAACUCAAAGCACAGGCGGGUUUUUUCAUGUGCUGUUGUACUAAACUGAUUUAUCAGUUUAAUUUCUCGGUUUAGAGUUCUUGUAAUGGUAUUGUAAAAGGUGAUAUAUAAUACAUUUAAACUGUUUUCCCUUUAAAACUAGUUUAAUUAUCUAGUGCUGAAUCUGUUUAGCAGAUUCUUCUUUAUUUUUUUAUAGAAUUAUGACAUCUGGACUUCCCAAACCAAAUGAAAAAAAAUGUUCAGAAAGCUGUUUUGUUGUUUUCAUUGCUGUUUGUUUGUUUUUCCUAUUACUGUUCUCCUAGUGUAGAACACAAAUUACAAUGCACGUCUGAGUUUGUAAAAUUAUUAGGGAAGGUUAGCAGGCAAAUAGCAGGUUUAAAAACCUAUCUAUAUUUGUUGUUUUUGAGCAGCAGUGCUUGGGAAACCAGUGUUCUGUAAAAGGAAAACGUGUUGCAAUUCAGUAAGUUUGUGUUUCUUAAUGCUCUGUUUCUAGUUUAUGCCAAUACAUGAUGCAGGAAUCAUUAUGUGAUUAUUCCUGAGAUUAUUAAUGCAGUGAGGAACAUUUAGAACCCUCAUUUAUCUCAGUAUAUUUGUUCUGCCCUAUUACGAGAUAAGCACAUUGGUGUGCUCAAAUGCAGCUGGAAAGUCUGCCUAACCCUUGUUCUUAAAAGGCUCUCCCCAUUUGUGCUGGCAUUUACCUACAAUUACUUUUCAUCUGUCAGGUUUGUGUUGAUUUUUUCUUAAAAAAUGUCUGCUGCACAUCCA